CGAUUUGAACCGCUUGUUGUCAAUCGGUCUGGUCGGUGCUGGCCCCUACGCUCUCAUUUACUUGGGAAAAUAUGGGUUCUACUUCCUAUAAUCCCGAUGGUUAGUCUCCCAUUUCUGUGAUCGUUCUCUUUGAUCAACACCCUUUCCGCUGCUUCUCCUAGCGCACCAAUCGAGCAGGGAAGAGUUGUUGGCUUUGAGCAGGAAGAGUUCGAUAGGUUUAUGCAAAUGGCGACCAAGGCGCUUCGGCCUAGGAAGGCAAAGCUGCAAGAGCGAAACGACGACCGUGUCGAACUUUCGCCGAUGUGGUUGUCCAACCUAUGGGAAUCCCAGUCGACUUAUCCAGACCGUUUACCCACAUACUUGGAUAUGCAUCUCGGAACAAGUCAGCCACUUCAUUCCACAUUGCUGAAGGGUGUAUCCGGGAGGGGCGCAGGAGAAGCGGAUGAUAUCACCAUUAGCUAGGGAGCAAAGGGAUGCUGGCAGAACAGAAGCUAACGACCUCCUGCCAUACAGGUGAACCAAGCCCAUUGUCGUCCCCCGUGGGACCCCUUUCCGCGUCGCCCGAGUCGGACCCUUUUAUGAGACGCCUCUCUGGGCACACUGAGGACUCGAUGAAAUACUCUGCAGA